AUGUCUAAGCAAGAGAUAGACGACAACGCCGUUUCCGGGGUCGUUGUUUACCGACAAAGUGCAGCAGUGGCCCGGGCUCCGGAGAGAAGUCCGGGGGCGGAGGAGCCGAAUCGAAGAGGUCGCGGGGGCCGUAGGGUCGGCAGAGUUGGUGGCCGGAGGGAUAUCUCCGGCCUCCCUGAUACUAUGGCCGCUGGUCCAGAUGAACCGCCGCUCUGCUUUAGAUUGAAGAAUGACUUGGUCGGCGUAGUGAUCGGUCGUGGUGGUUCAAAAGUAAGGGACAUCCAAAGUACAACAAACACCAAAAUACAUAUAAUGAAAGGAUACCAUGAAGCAGAAGUAAAAAUUUUUGGAAGCAAGGUAAGGCAGACCAAAGCAAAAGCAGUGAUAGAUGCUCUUGUUAGAAAGCAAGAAGAAAACUGCCAUUCAGAAUCCAGAGUGGAUUUGCCUCCAAUUAAGAAAAACUUUUACAUAGAAUCUGCAGAAACAAGCUCUAUGUCACAAGUGCAAAUAGACAAUUGGAGGAAGGAAAAUUAUAAUGUAAUGUGUGAUGACUUGAAAGAUGGUGAUAAACGUCCUAUCCCUAAUCCUACCUGUAAAUUUGAGGAUGCUUUUCAGCGUUAUCCCGAAGUCAUGGAAAAUAUAAUAAGGGCAGGUUUUCAAAAACCAACACCAAUUCAGUCCCAGACAUGGCCAAUAGUUCUUCAAGGAAUAGAUCUUAUAGGAGUAGCCCAAACUGGAACUGGGAAGACAUUGUCCUAUUUAAUGCCUGGAUUUAUUCAUCUUGACUCUCAACCACUAUCUAGAGCUAAAAGUCUUGGACCUGGCAUGCUAGUCCUUACACCUACUAGAGAAUUAGCGCUUCAAGUAGAAGCUGAAUGUUCUAAGUAUUCAUAUAAAGGUCUUAAAAGUGUUUGUAUAUAUGGUGGUGGAGAUAGAGACGGACAAAUACAAGACCUUACAAAGGGUGUAGAUAUCAUUAUUGCAACUCCUGGAAGAUUGAAUGAUCUGCAAAUGAAUAACUUUGUCAACCUGAAAAGCAUAACCUACUUGGUUUUAGAUGAAGCAGACAAAAUGCUGGACAUGGGAUUUGAACCACAGAUAAUGAAGAUUUUAUUAGAUGUACGUCCAGACAGGCAGACAAUUAUGACAAGUGCAACUUGGCCACAUGCUGUCCGUCGACUUGCGGAGUCUUAUUUGAGAGACCCUAUGAUUGUAUAUGUUGGUACUUUGGAUCUAGUUGCUGUAAGUACUGUGAAGCAAAAUGUAAUUGUCACAACAGAAGAAGAAAAACGUAGUCAUAUUCAGAUUUUCCUGGAAAGCAUGUCUCCCAAAGACAAAGUCAUUGUGUUUGUCAGCAGAAAAGCUAUUGCUGAUCAUUUAUCAAGUGACCUGAUUCUCCGACGCAUAUCAGUCGAAUCUCUUCAUGGCAAUAGAGAACAGAGUGAUCGGGAAAAAGCAUUAGAGAACUUUAAAACAGGUAAAGUGAGAAUAUUGAUUGCUACUGACUUAGCAUCUCGAGGUCUUGAUGUCCAUGAUGUCACGCAUGUCUAUAAUUAUGAUUUUCCCCGGAACAUUGAAGAGUAUGUCCACAGAGUAGGGCGCACUGGAAGAGCAGGGAGAACUGGUGUGUCAAUCACUCUUAUUACCAGAAAUGACUGGAGGGUUGCCACUGAAUUGAUUAAUAUUCUAGAAAGAGCGAAUCAGAGUGUCCCAGAGGAUCUUGUAUCAAUGGCUGAGCGAUAUAAGGCCAAUAAACAAAAAAAGGAAAUGGAAAAAAAAUUAGGAAGACCUCAAGGAAAACCCAAGACAUUUUAUUACUAA